UUAUUACCGAUCAUUCAUCAGGAACAGUCACACUGAUCGAUCUUUUAAAUGAUUGGGAGUUGCAGCUCCACUCUUCUUGUUAUUUACUCUUCGUGUUUUUCUUUUCUUUCCCUUCAUUUGAACAUUUCUGUGAACUCACGCUCAGCGAAAAAAGUAAACUAUAAAUAAAAACUAUCCAUUUUUUAUUUGAAGAGAAUAUUCAAUAGUGCUGAUGUAAAGUGUGAAAUGCUUGAAGGAAACAGAAGCGCUGUUUUAUUACACUGUAUAUAACUGUGAACUGUAAACACGUCGAACUCAAUAAAGUUUUUCGAAAGAAAACAACAACAACUGCUUCCGGGGCUUGUUUUUUUUGUCUUAAGGUGGUCUGAACGAUCGAUGCGGAGGGAAGUGUGAUUUUAAUCUAAAUGUCUUUUAACGGUCACACCUGUGUUUACGUCACACUUUAAAAGCGUCGUCACCUGAACAGACGCGUUCCUGGGAGCUGCGGUCUGAGCAGGAAAACUCUCAAACUCGUUUCUGACACAUUUUGAGUUCGAAGAUGAAUUUUUCUGAAGCGAAAUCCGAAGUGAAGCAGCUGCUGAGCAACGUGAACCCGUCUGAACUCCCCAAACUGCUGAACUGGAUCAGACACUCAGAUGAGUUGGACGAGCUGCUGUCACACAACAAGACGGCGAUUCUGCAGAACAUCUCAGACGAGCUGAGAGUCCGUCUGCCUGCAGACGCCAUGUUUCCCUCUGAGACUACUGCAUACAGCAAGAUGCAGCAGCGUUCUCGGCCGACGGUCCACGUUGACGGUUUCCUGUACGAUGACGAUCAGGUGGACUCUCUGUGCGAGGAGGGAGCCAUGAGUCGCUCGUACUGUCUCACCUGUGGAUCCUACAGAACCGCAGCGCUCGACUUCAUCUCUCACUCGUUCUCGAUAUCGGAGCUUCGGUUUCUGUUCGAGAACGUUCUUCCAGACCUGAGCGGCCGGCUGCUGGUGGACGUGGGCUCCAGGCUGGGGGCCGUCCUGUACGGGGGUUAUGUGUUCAGCUCGGCCUCUCAGCUGGUCGGUUUGGAGCUCAGUGACGAGUUUGUCAAACUGCAGAACGACGUCCUGCAGAAAUACAAGCUGACGGACCGAAUCAAGGUUCUCCACACUGACGUCUGCCUGCAGAGCGUUCUGCUGCAGAACACAGACGUUCUCAUCAUGAACAACGUGUUUGAGUUCUUCAUGGAACCCAGUGAACAAGUCAGAGCGUGGAGGUUCAUCAUGGAGAACUUCAGGAAGAAAGGAUCUCUGCUGGUCACCGUUCCCAGUCUGCAGGAGAGUCUGAACACUCUGCAGCAGGAGGCGCUGCAGCCCAGCUGGGUGGAGGAGCUUCCUGUGGACUACGAUGUUUACCUGGGCAGAGACUCAGACCCCGACGCUCUCAGACAGAUCCACCUGUACAGGGUUGUCUGAUCUGAACUGGUCUGGACUGGUUUAAAGUGUAGAUGGGUCUGGACUGAAUUGCAUUGGUCUGAGGUGAUUUUAUUCCUGGACUGUUCUGGACCAGGGUUCCAAAGAUCCCAGCUCAGGACUGGGCUCGGGACUGGGCUCGGGACAGGGCUCGGGACUGGGAGUUUGGGACUGGGCUUUGGGACUGGGCUUUGGGACUGGGCUUUGGGACUGGGCUCUGGACUGGGCUUUGGGACUGGGCUUUGGGACUGGGCUUUGGGACUGGGCUCUGGGACUGGGCUCUGGGACUGGGGUUUGGGAUUGGGACUGGGCUCUGGGACUGGGGUUUGGGACUGGGGUUUGGGACUGGGACUGGGCUCUGGGACUGGGGUUUGGGACUGGGCUCGGGACUGGGCUCUGGGACUGGGGUUUGGGACUGGGGUUUGGGACUGGGACUGGGCUCUGGGACUGGGGUUUGGGACUGGGGUUUGGGACUGGGACUGGGCUCUGGGACUGGGGUUUGGGACUGGGCUUUGUUUUAUUUCUCAGAGUUAGCAGUGUGAAACAUCUGAUGCUAAGCUAACGGACGUUAUUUACUCGUGUGUUAUUCCAGUUAAACUUGUUUAACUUUACUUUGUGUGACUGUGUUUGAGUCUAAAAUGAAGAAGCCAGCUGCUCCGGUUGAAGGUGGUUACUGUGAUUAAAGGGUCGUUUUAUCUGUUGCUCAUUAUAUCGACACCGUUUCUGUAAAGAGUUCAGUCACCGCAACAAGCCGCUGAAGUCUCGAACGUCUCUUUAAGAAAGCUUCGUAGUUACGUUACGUACGUUAAAUCCUUUAAGAAGAAGUUUCUGUAAAUAAAGUGACUUGUUGCUUCGAUCAUUGAUCCUCUCGAUAGACUCGUGUGGAGGAAACAGUUUCCCUUCCACACGAGCUCGUCGAAGACCGCCUGCGUCUUUAAAUAUGGAAGACCGUAACGAGUUUGGUGCUUUUAAACGAUCUUUUAUGCAUUUGAGCUUAACGCUGGUACUCAAGUCCAACAAUUCAAAUCCUCCCUCGGCUUUGGAGCCAGAAAGCACGGCUUUCUCCAGAUGAUGGAGUCAUUUUUGUAAAUGUGCGAUUCAGGUGUUUUACGCCGAGUCCUGAACACUGAGGCGAAAGGCUGAGUCGACAAAUCUUGAGACCGGUUCAGCGUCAGACAGAAGAAGCCUUCCUGAGACCGGCAGGUCUCAGUUUGAGUCUUUUUCAGUUUGGGGGAGAAAUGAAGCUGCUGAAGUUCCUACAGACAAACCAGAUAUAAUCCAUAUUCACCACAUUUCUCCACAGCUACAUUAGUUUUUCCCUCAGUCCGACACAAACAUUAAACUUCACAUUCAGGUUUAUUGAGUUUUCGGCUAACUGGGUCAGUCUGAUUUCUACAGCUACAGCUUUAAUAACUGGACUAUGAACAAUGUGCAAUGAGAGUGACUGAACCACGAUCAGAAACAAAAGGUGAAACUGGAUGUUGACACAACUGUCAACUUUCCUUUAGAACAUUUCAGCUGUCCAAACUAAGUUAUGGCCAAAACCAAAAGUCUGGAGCGCCGUGAAUAAGAAACGACGUUCGACAGUCUCGAAUGCUUUAUAAAGGCAGGAAAUACUGUCAGAGCGUCCGUUCCAGCGUCAGCAGAAGAAUCCGUUAGCGAAGGACGAGUCUAAUAAUGUAGCUUCUGAGACGGUUUGUCAUGAAGCCGGUUCUGAUCUCGUCACGAGCUUUCUUUAAACGCUCGGCAGAUGAUCUUGGAACGCGUGAAUGGUCUUUCUCGGGUUUGGGGAUCAGAGUUAUUACGGCCUGUUUCGUAGUUGUGGACAUUUCUUUUCUAAUAAUACAUUCUUUAAAUAAUUCCAAUAAAGGACCUUCGUGCAUGGAAGGCGGCAGAAAGCCCACCAGUGCCCGGCGGUUUCCCGUUUGCCCACCAGUGCCCGGCGGUUUCCCGUUUGCCCACCAGUGCCCGGCGGUUUCCCGUUUGCCCACCAGUGCCCGGCGGUUUCCCGUUUGCCUCUGAGAUUUCAGCUUCAAGAGUUCUGAGAGCGCGGCGUCCGUUCUGUAGAACCUGCAUGCUUUGAAACGUCCGAAGGGUUGGAAAUGAUACUUUAUUGAUCCCCGGGGGGAAACUCCUGUUCUUGUAAUAUUGAUCCACUUGUUCCAGACCGAAUAAAGGCCAUUUCAAUAAAUACGUUAGAUCCA